AUGCGCCGCCUACUCCGGCCGGCGAGAGCGGCGGCCUCCGUGGCCUUCGCGGGCGCAGUAGCGGUGUCGCUCGCCGACGUCGCGUACGCGGACGGCGUCUUCUCCUUCCGCCGCCAGCCCGCCCCUCCCCCUCCUCCCCCUCCCCCGGCAGCUCCCCCCGGCCCAAAUGCCGCCCCCGCCGACGACUCGUUCGGAUUCAGCGGCGGGUUCGACGCCGCGGAGCUGCAGCGCGGGGCGGACGCGCUGCGCAAGAUCAACGCCUCCCCGUACGCCAAGCUGCUGUUUCAGCUCAUGGGGAAGCAGGAGGAGUCGCGCAUCGCCGAGAUGGAGGCGGAGCGGGCCCAGUACGAAGUCUACCAGAAGCACCAGGACAUUGAGAGGAAUAGGAAAUUUGGUGAAGACUAUAGAGAGAAUCUGAAACAGCAGCUCCAAGUUGAGGCACAAAGGUUGCGCUACGAGGAUGAGUUAGCUAGGAAGAGAAAACAGGAAGAGCGUGAAGUUCUAAGGCGACAGGACGCUGAACUUGUGAAGAUGCAACAGAUUGCUGCUGAAAAAAGAGAACGAGCCAGGCGUGAAACAGAACAGAAGAUUUUAGCUGAGCAGCUACAGGCCGAGAGAGAAAAGGCUGAAAUUGUGCGCAAGACAAUCCAUGCCAAUGCUAUGUCGGACGCCGAAGCUGUUGCUCUUGAAAAAAAGCUGACAGAAGAAUACGAGAAAAAAAUGCUUUUGGAAUACAUGAAUGGCGAAAAAGAGAAGUGGCUUGCUGCAAUAAAUACAACCUUUUCACAUAUAGAAGGUGGGUUAAGAACAUUAUUGACGGAUAGGAGUAAACUAGUAAUGGGUGUUGCAGGAGUCACUGCAUUGGCGGCUGGAGUUUAUACUACUAGGGAAGGAGCCAGGGUUACAUGGGGUUAUGUCAAUAGAAUUUUGGGUCAGCCUUCACUGAUUCGUGAAUCUUCAAUGCGAAAGUUCCCAUUGCCAGGACUUAAAGCUCUUAAAUCUAGCUCGGCAUCUCUGUCGGAAGGGGCAGGCUUUGAGAAUGUUAUUCUUCACCCUGCGCUCAAACGGAGGAUUGAACAUCUUGCACGGGCAACUGCAAAUACAAAAUCUCAUGAUGCACCAUUCCGCAAUAUGUUGUUCUAUGGACAUCCUGGAACUGGCAAAACUUUAGUAGCCAAGGAGAUGGCUCGCAAAUCUGGACUUGAUUAUGCAAUGAUGACAGGAGGAGAUGUUGUACCCUUAGGAUCAGUGGCUGUCACGAAAAUCCAUGAAAUCUUUGAUUGGUCUAAGAAGUCCCGAAAAGGGAUGCUUCUUUUCAUUGAUGAGGCUGAUGCAUUCUUGUGCGAGCGUAACAGUACCCAGAUGAGUGAAGCUCAGCGGAGUGCUCUCAACGCGCUGUUGUUUCGAACGGGUGACCAAUCAAGGGAUAUCGUUCUUGUCCUUGCAACAAACCGUCCAGGUGAUCUUGAUGCUGCUAUUACUGACCGCAUGGAUGAGGUUAUCGAGUUUCCCCUACCUGGGGAAGAGGAACGGUUUAAGUUGCUCAAGUUAUACUUGAAAACCUAUAUGUUUAAGGAAGAUGCCAAGCGUUCUUCUUGGCGUUCACUCCUGAAGAAGCAGCCACAGAAGAUACAGGUAAAGGAUAUAACUGAUGAUCUACUCAGGGACGCUGCCCAGAAGAUUGAUGGCUUCUCUGGCAGAGAGAUUACUAAGCUGAUGGCCAGUGUGCAGGCUGCUGUCUACGGCAGUCCUGACUGUAUAUUGAAUCCACAGUUGUUUAACGAGGUUGUUGGAUACAAGGUUGCUGAGCAUCAUCAGCGCAUGAAGCUUGCUUCGGAGGCUGCAACUUGAGCAGUGUUGUAGAUUUUAUCUGGAAGUCGCAUGAACUCGGAAUGAUGAGGUAUGGUACUGAGAUAUACAAUCGCCUUCACGCUUACUCUGUUAGCAGCUGCUAUUUUGGUUCAAACUGGAGACAGAAAAAUCCUGUAUGUCACAGGUUUGUUCUGUCAAUUUUGUUCGAUGUGCUUGCCUGAGGUGAACUUAGAUCGACUUGCUGCCCUUCAGACAUUCGAACAGGUCAAUAGUAGGCCGAAGAGCUUUUUUCCAAAAACAGUUGUUCAGUCGCUCAUCUCGUAUCCUCAUUGUUCAGCUAGCAAUAAAAUUUGUACGCUUGUUUGUGCUACUUCCUCUGAUCCGUAGUAAGUGUCGCUGAUUUAGUAUAACUGGCAGGGAGUACUACUUAUUACAGAUGAUAUAUGGGUGCUAAUGGUUAAAACUUGGAUGAGCAGUUGACCUGCCAGAUUGUUUAUUGUUUUAGUAAAACAUCUAUGUCUCGCAUGUA